ACUAGCAGACAUCUUAUAAAGCUUUACAAAUAACCAACACUAACAUUCUUCUUUCAUUUUCAUAUAGAUUUUUUAGAUUUUAAACUCUUAUUUAGCUCCUUGUUCAACUACUGACAUAGCAUAUUUUCUUUUGAGCGUGAAAAAGAAGAAGGAAGAUACAUUUAUUUUUGGUUGUGAUAUGGAUCGAGUAGCAAAAUUGGCAUCCCAAAAGGCAGUGGUGAUAUUCAGCAAGAGCUCAUGCUGUAUGUGCCAUGCAAUCAAGAGACUGUUUUAUGAACAAGGGGUAAGCCCAGCAAUUUAUGAGCUCGAUGAAGACUCCAGAGGGAAGGAAAUGGAGUGGGCACUUAUGAGGCUAGGAUGUAACCCCUCCGUGCCAGCAGUGUUCAUUGGGGGCAAAUUUGUAGGCACUGCAAACACAGUGAUGACCCUUCAGCUUAAUGGCUCUUUGAAGAAACUGCUCAAGGAAGCUGGAGCUCUAUGGCUUUAGUAGCAAUGAAGUCAUUUCAGCAUGCAUGUUAUGUUUUUUUUUUCCCACCUCUUGCGGCUGCAAAGAGUAUCAUAUAUACUAUAUAGAAAAUAAUCUAUAGAGAGAUCUAUUGGUAGUCAUAUAAUUAAGUAUUAAUCAUAUGUUUUUGAAUGUA